UCUCUCCGGUCGUAGAGUCGCAGAGGGAUUUAUUGUUGUAAUUUUUAUAAAAUUAAUGUAUCUCCAAUCAAUGAUGCAUUAAGAGAGUGCAAUAUUACAAAUACGGAGUAAACCUUUCGUGAAAAUGUUAUAUUUACCCGGAUAACUCGUAGAGCUUGAGGUCGGGCGAUAUGUCCUGACAACUACUAGGCUAAGGGAGUAUACAAUAAUAACAAAGCAGUAUAUCGUGUACUAAUCGGUCGAAGAUGUUUUCUAAAUCGAUGACGAGUAAGGAUACGUUUCUGGAGCAGACGAAGGCCGCUCGAGAGGAGCGGGCACUCGAGAAGAAACGUGAACAAUCAGCUGUGAAAAUACAGGCGUAUAUAAGAGGAUGGCUGGCUAGGCGAAAAUUCUUACGAAUGAUAUUGGAUGAAUUUGACCAUCUCCUUCCGGACCCACCAAUCACACAAGAUGAGAUUCCCCAGGCUCUUGAGCUGGUUCCAGCUCUGGAGGUCUACAAAGCAGCUAGUCAACUGUUUUUGGUAUUCAAGAAAGAAAGGGACAGAAGGAGAUUUGAGAAGCUAUGCAAAUACAUAGUGCAGAGUCUUCACUCAGAGUCGGUGAAGAUGUCUUAUGUUGGAGUGUUUCUGAAUAAAGAGUACAGUUUGCGAUGGAUAGCCCACAUCAAAGACCUGCUUUUCAAAUGCUGCACAUACCUCGAGGAGCUAAAACCAGAGUCCCCCGUAGAAAUGCAGAGCAUCCUUAUCUUCCUGCACACAUUGGUCGCCUUCACAGCUACCAACACUUGGGCGAUCACCCGGAUGAAGAAUUUUGAGAAACUCCGGGGAGGAAUGAAUCAGUUAUGUGCCAAUGUUAUGGGCUCCCUGUUCCAUAAGGGAUAUUACUUAACUUUGAAGUCACUUCUCCUCCGAGGGCUGUGUCGUGAGAAAGUAUGCCUCAAGAACGUCGCCUUGACAGCCGUGGUAACGCUUUCGCUUCGGCCGCUCGUCUCCGCUCAGUUCUCAGAGAAGCUGCUCACUAUGUACAUCAUACAGAUAUUGUCUGUGCCAACGCUGGUGUUCCACAUGCAGCAGAUCUCGCCUGAAUCCAUCACGGCAUUCCGUACGCACGCUAUGUUCGACAAAUGUCUGGAGUUCCUCAGCACGGAUCAGAACAUGCGGAUAGUAUUCAAUACGCUUGAAGGGAACUACGCGCUGUGUCUGCUUGCUAACUUGGUUCAGUUGGCGCAUUUAGAGCGCGAGCAUGCUAUGGGGGAGAGCUAUUAUCCUACUUUUGUGCUAGUAGUAACCCGAUUCCUGGACUCGUGCCAGCAAUACGUGGUCUGCAAGAAGGGCAACCUGAGCAACUGGCAUCCGGUCCUCGGCUGGUUCUCCCAGAGCUUCGACGCGUAUCUCCCGCCCACUAUGGGGAACCUUCGCACGCAGCUCUCCCUCCUAUGGGGAGCUCCGUUGCUGAAGAAGAUGCUGUCAUCUCCGCUGAAAGAGAUGGUAGAGGCGGGUGUGAGCGGGGAGGAAGGUGCGGGGCCGUCGCAACCGUCCACGCCGGUGCAGAGCAAUAACCCCGCCGCUAUUAUAAGGAGGGCUUUUGAGGCUAGAACUAAUAGGGCUAAUGCAAAUAAAAACUACAGGAAACUAGGAUCUCCAGAUUGUACCAAAGCUGCGUUAAUAUGCUCGAUGUAUCACACGGCAUUGCAGACUAUGACGCAGGUUAAACUAGAUAUAUUAACAGGUCUUUGCAAUCAAGACGAAAUAUUAUAUUCUCUGUGGCAAUUCCUUUGCACGCUGGGACCAAACUGUGGACUGAAAUCAUUUCUCGAUCUCUUAGCUGUAAAUACGAAAACGUCGGCGCCCGAGUUUCAGAUGUUGAUACUCUUCGCGGAUUGUAUGACGCAUUAUGUUACGAUUUUAGAUGAUAUGGAAAUGUAUGAGCAACAAGAGCCGUUCAAGCUGCAAGACUUUAUAAACAUGUCACAGUUUCUAAACAUGUUCGUCUAUAAGUCUAUUAUGAAUCAACUGUUUGAUCUGAAAAACAUCCAAAGCAACGAACUCUUCGCUUCACUACACACACUAUUACUGGUUCUGUACCGACGCGACUGCCGGCGCUCCUACACGCCCGACAACCACUGGCUGGUCCGAGAGAUCCGCGAGGGGCAGUUCAUGGCCGAUCUGGAAAAGGGCAAGAAACCGCAACAGGUGCUGGUGCAAAAGACUCCGCAUAUGAUAGCGCAUGGCGAAAGAGUCAGGCUGUUCAGACGCGCUGUGGCAGACGAAAAGGUGGUGCUAGGCCUAACAGAACGCGCUUGCGGCGGCCGCUCGACUUUGGUAACAGUUCGUCGAGCGCGCCUCGUAGAAGACGGCUAUAGACAACUGGCAGCACUGCCUAGUCGUGCCCUUAAGGGGGUUGUGCGAGUACGCUUCAUAAACGAGCAAGGACUUGAUGAAGCUGGUAUCGAUCAGGAUGGCGUUUUUAAAGAAUUCUUGGAGGAGACAAUAAAGCGCGUGUUCGAUCCGUCUCUGAAUCUGUUCAGAGUGACGAGUGAGGAACGCCUUUACCCAUCGCCUACUUCUUGUCUCCAGGACAACCACCUGCAACUCUUCGAGUUUAUAGGCCGUAUGCUGGGAAAGGCCGUUUACGAGGGUAUCGUAGUUGAUGUGCCUUUCGCUUCGUUCUUCCUGAGUCAAGUCCUAGGGCAGACCAGCCAAGCCCUGUACAGUUGGAUCGAUGAACUACCUUCCCUCGACCGGGACUUGUACCGGAGCCUUACAUACAUCAAACAUUUCCAGGGAGACAUUUCAACGUUAGAGCUGACAUUUUCCGUGGACGAGGAGCGAUUAGGCGAGAUCGUGACGCAUGAGCUCGUGCCCGGCGGGAAAGCCAUUCCUGUAACUAAUGAAAACAAGAUCAAUUACAUACAUCUAAUGGCGCAUUUCCGAAUGCAUACGCAAAUCAAAGAUCAAACUAACGCUUUCAUCAAGGGCUUCAGGACCAUCAUAAAUCCGGAAUGGUUGUCACUGUUUUCAACUCCAGAGCUCCAACGUCUAAUAAGCGGCGACAACGUCCCCCUAGACCUGCGCGACUUACGACGCCACACACAAUACUACGGCGGCUUCCACGACUCGCACCGCGUGGUGUGUUGGCUGUGGGACGUUCUACAGCGAGACUUCACCGAGAACGAGCGCGCCAUGUUUCUUAAGUUCGUGACGUCAUGCUCCAAGCCUCCAGUGCUCGGGUUCGCGCACCUCAAACCACCAUUCUCUAUUCGGUGCGUCGAGGUCGGGGAUGACGAAGACACUGGUGACACAAUAGGCAGCGUAAUCCGCGGUUUCUUCACGAUCCGCAAGAAGGACCCGCUGAACCGUCUGCCCACUUCAUCCACCUGCUUCAACCUCCUCAAACUGCCCAACUACCAGAAGCGGAGUACGCUGCGCGACAAACUGCGUUACGCUGUCAAUAGUAACACCGGGUUCGAACUUUCCUAAAUGUGACAAGUUAGUUUCAAUGAAGCACUGCGUGUUGAGGUAACUCG